UAUUCAUCUUAGAAAUACAAAAACAAAACCUCUGAUUCAUUAAAGUGAUCAUCUUUAUGAGACUCAAUUAGUUUGUGCAAAAUAGUGAUUUAUUGAGUCACGGAUGCGACGAAGCUCUCGGUACGAUUUGAUUUAGCUCCAUCUCUGAAGACCUCAUACAGAGUGUCGGUGAUGGAUAACAAUCAUGUUUUUAGUGUAUAUUUGUAUAUAAAGUGUUUAGCACGCAGUCAAUGACAGCACCUCAUGAACAGACUCUGAACUUCCUCUAUACUUCCUCUAUAGUGUAUGUUUUCAUUCAUGAUGACGUUUAGACAGUGUGUUAUGAUCGUUGCUUCUCUCUGCAGUGUGCAAGAAGUUCAGCUGAGUUUAAACAAUGCUGAAGAAAACCUCCUCUUUUACUUUAGUCCUCACCCUGCUGGAAAAAAAAAGAAACCGUAACAAAAAUUUUAACCAUUAAAAAGUAUCCAGAGAGUUGUCUAUGAGGUCAAAAUUAAUGCUUUAACUUUUAUGCCUAAAAUCAUUAGUAUAUUAAGUAAAGAUUAUGUUCCGUGAAGAUAUUUCCUGCUAUAAAUAUAUCAGUCAGGGCUCUGUCCUGGGACCGUGUUGUUUUUUUGAUCUUCUUCCACUCGGCUACAUCUUUCAUCAACAUCAGGUUAAUUUCUGCUUCUACACAGAUGACAGCUAGCUCCAUCCGUCCACUAAACCCUGACACUUCUUCCUAACUCCCUCCAUCCUCAGUUUUCUCCUUGACAUACUUCACAUGUCCUCAGAUGUAAUAGUAAUAAAGCUGAAUUUCUUCUCAUCUCCAUUAAACAAAUCUCAGAAUGUCUUGCUGUUCUUGUUCACAGUCUGCUCACGUCUCGUUGUAAUUCACUUCUGUUAGGUCUUCAGAAUAAAACUCUCCAUAAGCUCCAACUAAUUCAAAACUCAUCUGCUCAUAUUAUCACUCGUCCUCCCUCUAUCCAUUAUAUUACUCAAAAGACUUCUCCUCGCUUUCAAGGGCAUUCAUGAACUUCACCUUCAUCUCUUCUUGACCUUCUUCAUAUCGUACCUCACUCCCUUCUGACCUCCGUAAAAUUGAGUCUCUUCCACAUCUCGACUCCAAAAUUGAAGCUCAUUUCUUCAGUAUAGCUUACUCUUCACAUAACGUUUCUUGUAUUAAUUGUAUUUCUUCUUAUUAUUCUUAUCUGGUCUUCUCUUGUUAAUGAAGCACGGUGACCUUGAGUCUCUAGAAAGGUGCAUCUCUGAAAGUGAUUUUCGAUUUUUUAAUUUUUUUGCUCCCUGAGAUUCCAGAUUUUCAAAUAUUGUCAUAACAAAGCUUACUUAUUCAGCUUUCGUAUGAUGCAUAAAUCUGAAGUGAUCCUCGUGGAUCGUCGGUGAUCACAGGGACAGGUUUCUAUGAAAACCAGUGAGAUUCUCUUUAUUUUAGAAGUAAUAAAAAGAUCCGUGAUGGUUUCUGCUGUUUUCGAGGGCCUGAAGUAGUGCCCGACGGAGACUCUAGUGACGCGCAGUGAUCCGGGUGUCGUUCGGUGGAUCCCGGUUAAAGAUCAGAGGCUUAGCGCCGUCUGGUGUCUUCAGAUGCUCGACCGACGCUCAGAUCAUACCAACUUUCUCCGAGAGUCUCUCGCGAGCGUCCGCGCGCUGCUGCAGCUCCUGGAGCGGACUGACGAGAACUUCUGAAGCCGUCAAGAGUUCUGAUGUUAAUCGCAGACGCUUUGAUCUCGAAGAGCACGAGCGAUGCGCCACGCUGCGCUCCGGCGUGCGUUUGGAGGCGGAGUGACUGACUGACAUUCAUUCAUCAUAUAAAAGGGAAGUUGAGGCGCCGAGCACCAGAAACUCUUCUGGGAUCGAUCAUGAUCACGGCCAAGGCGCUGAAGAACGCGCUGGCGUGUUUGGUGAUCCUGCCGCGUUUUCUCGUCGCCGCGUUCAUGCUGUGGUGUCUUGAUUUUCUGUGCGUGAGGAAAAGAGUUUUGUUCCAUCUGAGGAGCGAGGAGGAGGAGGAGGUGGAAGACCCUCCGCUGUGCAUCUCCGACAACAGCCGCAUGUUCAGCUGGGAGUCGCUCAAAGCGGUUUUUCACGGACACAAGCUGGACUGGAUGAAGUCCGCGCGUCUCGGCCGCGACGCGCCCAACAGCGAAGUGGUUCCGCUCGCCGACCCGACGCGCAAACGCGUGCUGGACUUCGCCCGCGCUCAGAGGCCGCUGGUGCUCAAUUUCGGGAGCUGCAGCUGACCGCCGUUCAUGACGCGUCUCAAGGCGUUCCAGCGGCUCGUUCUCCAGUACGCGGACGUCGCCGACGCGCUGGUGAUUUACAUCGAGGAGGCGCAUCCCUCCGACGGGUGGGUGAGCUCCGACGCCCCGUACCAGAUCCGCCAGCACCGGAGUCUGGAGGAGAGGCUGCGCGCGGCGCGGCUGAUGGCGUUGGAGGCGCCGGGCGUCGCGAUAGUCGCAGACAGUAUGGAGAACUCGUGCAACAGCGCGUACGGAGCCUAUUUUGACAGACUCUACAUCGUCCAGGACGGGAAGGUGGUGUAUCAGGGCGGCAGGGGACCGGAGGGAUACCGGAUCUCCGAGCUGCGGCUCUGGCUGGAUCAGUACCGCAAGCGGCUGCGCGACGCCGUGAUCCGCGUCUAAAGUGACGCGACGUUCACAAGCUAUGUUUCCAUCCAGCUGAAUGUAUCGUGUCGCGUCGCACCGGAGUAAGAGCAGCUUUACGCACUUAUAUAUCAGAGAGGAAACAUUUACUGAAUGAAGUCCUCCUCGCUGAGUUUGUUGGAUGGGACGAGAUCUCCCGACCAGCAGCGGAUCUGUGUGUUCUUCUCAAACACCUGAGUCAAAGUAUUUCUGUAUAAUUGAGUUCAAAUGACAGAAAGCAGUGUUUUAUUGUGUUCCUCCUUGGUUCUGUUGUUACUUCUCCUGAUCUCGGUGAUGUUUAUCAGGAAGUGAUGACUCGUGGGAUGGAGAGUGUUUUAUGUCUUUGGAUGGAAACAUAGCUUGUAGAUCAGAGUCACAGCGCUGGGUUUCUUCUGAUGAGAAAGAAAGUGAAACUCAUUUCUGUUUGACUGAAUCUAGUGAUUUUAAUGAAACAUCUCUCAGACGUGUGUUCAAGUUUGGUCUGAACGCAGAUAAAGAUUUCUUUCGUGACGAAUCACCUCGAGAUUACCAACAACCCCCCGCUUUCCUUCAGAACGUGUCUUUUGUUUGAACAUAUUUUGAAGUGUUAUUUUUUAUAUGAAUUAAUGUAUAGCAAUAUUGUUUACCAUCUUGAUGUGAGAUGAAUGCAAUUCUAAAUGAACCUGAUAAAUAUACUACAGAACUUCUGCUUGGAUGACUCUGUUUCCAAGUGAUUCACAUCCUUUCUUUUUCUCUCUCUCUCUCUCUCUCUCUCUCUCUUCUCUCUCUCUCUCUCUCUCUCUCUCUCUCUCUCUCUCUCUCUCUCUCUCUCUCUCUC